UCUGAAAAUGGACGAAAAAAUUCCGAGAAUCGAAAAUCGAAACUUUGACAUAGCUCUGAUUUUAAGGUAAAACAUUAGGUUAGAUGCGGGAAAGAUAUGAUGAUUUAAGCCGAUAUUGAAAAUAGAUACUUGAUUUUGGAAAGGGACCGGGUAGAUCCUUUGAGGGGAUAUAUAGACAGAGCUGUCUAAAGUUCCGAUUCGGACCGUAAAAUUAUACCGAACUUAAUUUAAGGGAGUUCUGGGUUGUCUCUUUAAGCUUACUAUGCUUAUAUUCGGAAAGAGAAAUUAUAUAAAGUUCCAAAGGCCUGUUCAUAUCAGGGAUAGGACGGGUUGAAAAAAACUUGAUCGGAUUUUGGAUCUUGGAUUCGGUUUUAGAAAGAAUUUAUAGGGUCGGAUUUUGGAUCGGGUUCUAAAAUUCUCUUCGGAUCAGGUUUUGGAUUUCGGGUCGAAAAAAGCCGGGUAUCGGGUAACCCGUUUCAUCUCUGGUCACAUCCAUCGGUUCAAUUUCUAGACUUGAAAUGAUAAUGGAAAGCUUAGGAGAAAAAAAUUUUUUUUGGGAUUUUUAGAAUUUUGAAAGUUAGAAUGACUUCAAAAAGAGGAGUAAAUGAAUACCGAGUUUGUCUGGAAAAAAGCGUGAAAAUUUAAUUAUGAAUUAAAUUGCCAAAAAUCCCCUAACAAUAUUUAAAUUAAAUAUUAUAAUUAAAUAGACUCAGAUUUAUCCAAUGAAUGGCCAACAUCAUCACGCCCAUUCCAACCUUUUAGAGUACGACCCUGUUUUCGGUCUUUCAACACAGCAACAAUUGACAGCUGCUUCUUUGGAUGUUGGAGGGACUUUGGCAACACUGACGGCUUUUUCAGCGUCAUCUGUGGCUAAUUCACCAAUGGAUUAUACUGUUAUUGCUGGAGGUCCCCCAGCUUAUGACCAACUCUAUCGUUACCAGGCAACCGGAGGUUAUUAUGACGGCCUUGGACCAGCACAGUCUGCCACACCGGCGUAUGCUACAGUGGGACCUACAGGCUAUUUGGAUUUUGGAGGUGGUGGCACCUCUCUAGGCUCAUUCUCAGCAGCUCCAACAAUGCUGUUAAGUAGUGCUCUCCAACAACAAACAGGGGGAGGGAUAAAUGGGGUUGGAACCUCCCCCUCACCCACAGCCGACUUUGUUCACCAAAUUCACCAACAAAAUGGACGCCUAACCGAAUUAAUCCCAGCUAUUGUCCAACCCCACCAAACUUCUAAUAAUAAUUCAAAUUUGAUCCAAAGACCUCCCCCUCCCCAAUCUUCACAUCCCCAACAAGAACAACAACAAACAAAUAAUAUUAAUAAUAAUGCCCAUUUAAGGCGUCAAAACACGCCUGGAGGGAAUUCUAGGAAUUCGAACAACUCGAAUACAACUACAACUAUUAGACCUGUUAAAGGUGAGCCAAAAAGACGAGUUCCAAAUGCUUCCAAAGCAGCUAAUUUAGCAAAUAAAUCCGCAGCAUUACAACAGCAACAAAUACCCUCCUCAUCUGCUUAUGAUCCUAAUACAUCAAAUAUUCCUAAUAGUGAGGGUGUAAUCGUCGGAGGAGGAAAUACUUCAAUAAAUAUAAUUCAUGGACAUGGAACUAAAAAGACUAAAUAUUCGGUGGAAAGGCGUAAGGCUGCAACAAUGCGUGAGAGACGUCGCCUACGCAAAGUCAAUGAUGCCUUUGAGGUAGUUAAGGCGCGUACAUGUCCAAAUCCACACCAGCGGUUGCCGAAGGUAUCAAAAGUAGAAAUACUUAGAGGAGCUAUAGAAUAUAUUAAUAUGCUUGAACAUUUAUUACAAACACACGCCAAAAUGGAGCCUAUACUUGCUACAGCUUUGCAACACAAUUCAACAGAAAUAAAUAGAGGGGAUAACAAUGGCGGGGAUGUAGGUGAUGUUCAAGCUUCUUCUUCUGGGCAAAAUCAGAUGUUGGAGACUUGUGGAAAUGGGGAAUUUUGCUUGAAUAACUUCCCUUCAAUAGUCCAUAGCUACUACAAAAAUAGAGGUUUAUACGAAGCAGUGUGUAUGGAUGCGCCACCAACCCCUUCAAUACAACACACACCUGGCUGCUGCCAUUUGGAACAUUCUGGGCAUCAAAUGAAUAGCAUGGCCUAUUUCGAACAACAACACCAAAUGCUAACAAACAACAACAUGUUCGGAAAUACCAAUUGUAUUCAUCACAAUCACCAUCACCACCACCCCCAUCACAAUCUGAACAACAAUUUUUCCUCUUCUUCAAUGCAUGGAGAUAUGUUGCCUAUGCCAAGUACUCCUCCAGCUAUUAGGCGAACAACAACAAAGGGACGGGGAGGUCAACGGGGUGGUGGAAAGAUUGGAGGACGGGGAAGAGGACGUGGCGCCUCAACUUCUUCAAGAGCCAUCGCAACAGCCUUAGCCACAGCAGAGCGCCAACAACAACAACAAAACUUGGUUGCUAUAAUAAACGAACAACAACAAAAACAUGAAAGUUUACAAAAACAUGAGAAUUUACAAAAACAUCAAAUAACUCAACAAAAACAUCAACAAAAAGAAGAGGAAAACAAAUCAGAAUAUCAACAAAAACAUUCACAACAACACAAACAAUCAAAACAUGAGGAAAACAUUUCAGAAUUUUCACAAAAACAAUACCAGAAUUUAAAACAAACAUCAAGUUUUGACAAAAACAAUGUUGUGACAACAAAUUCUGAAAAUGUUUAUCAGAAUUUAAAACAAACAUCAUGUUUUGACAAAAACAAUGUUUCUGUUGUUCUGACAACAACAAAUUCUGAAAAUGUUUGUGCUCCUCCAAACAUCCCAAAUGUUUCUUUAAAUAAUUCUGGUUUGUCGACAACAAAUGUUUGUGUUUCCCAAAACAUCCCCUCAAAUGUUUGUGUGCCUGUCUCCAAUGAAAAUGGGAAAACAACACAACAAUUUAAUUUUGCGUCAGAACAACAACAACAUUAUGACGAACAAGAAACAAGUUUUCUGGUUCCCAUUGAAGAAAAUCAGAAUUUAAAACAAACAUCAGAAUUAAUUUCAACUCCCCCAGCAAUAACGGGGGAAACAGAAAAACUAAUGGAGAGUGUAAAUAUGGACGUUUCGGCGCCGGAAAAGAAAAUGAAAAUAGACGAUACUGUAGAAAAUUUUAAUUAA